CCUGAGUUGCGUCACUCAAAAUACGUCAGUGUGCCCCAAGAUGGCGACUACCAGUGGGAGCGGCGAUAGCAACGCGGCUUCGAGCCGUAAACACCUCGGCAUUCCUCAGGCUGUGUUUGUGGAAGAUGUUAUUGCAUUUAUGAAGCAACCUGGAAAUGAGACAGCAGACCUUGUGUUGAGGAGGUUAGAUGAACAGUACCAGAAAUACAAAUUCAUGGAACUAAAUCUAUCGCAAAAGAAGAGAAGGCUAAAAAGUCAAAUUCCGGAAAUUAAACAGACGUUAGAAAUCUUAAAACACAUGCAGAAGAAAAAGGAUUCCACAGAUCCAAUGGAGACUAUGUUUCUCCUGGCAGACAAUUUGUAUGCUAAAGCAUCGGUCCCUCCUACGGAUAAAGUGUGCUUAUGGUUGGGGGCUAAUGUAAUGCUUGAAUAUGAUAUUGAUGAAGCUCGAGCAUUACUCGAGAAGAAUCUAACAACUGCAACUCGUAAUCUAGAAGGGCUAGAAGAAGAUCUGGAUUUCCUUCGUGAUCAGUUCACCACCACAGAAGUCAAUAUGGCAAGAGUGUAUAACUGGGACGUUAAGAGGAGAAGCUCUGAAGCAGCAUCAAAAAGCAGUGCAUAGCUCGCCAAAACACAUUUUUACACACUUUAACAACCAAACUCAUCUUUGUUUUCUUAAAAAAAAAUCCACCAAUUUGGCAAUAUUUGCGUUUGGAAAGCUGCAGUUAUUUUACUCUUUGAAUAAUGCAGAAAAAUUGAAUGUUACAUCUAGGAGCAGAUGAAAGACUAAAGCUACAGACACGUAGACACACCGAUAUAUUGCAUGAUUAUAUGGCAUUUGUGGUAAUGGAAAAGAUUGUCACAGAGUACAGGUUCAAGAUGUAUUGUUGCCAGUUUUCACUGCAAGUCACAUUUGCAGCUGUCCUGCAGCCCAGUCAAACAGGCACAUUAGACACCUUGUGUAUCCAUGCAACAAGUUCUUGCUGUGAUACAAUACCUGUAAAGAUUUUGUAUGGUUCUAUCAUGAGAUGUUAAUAAACUGCUGAAUAGAACAAAGUAAGUACUCCUGUAGUAUUUAACUUCUUCCUUUGCAAAUUUUGUACUUGAGGUGAAGUCCAUCACAGCUGGGGAUGAACACCAUUUUUCAUUUCAGCUGCUUGGUGAAUGGAUUAAAUAUUCUCUGGUCAUAUUGGCAUAGGUUAUCACAUUUCUGAACUUAAGACAACUCAAGAUUUACAUGAUUUUCUCUUGUGGUCUGUCUUUAAGAUUACCAGAUCUUGCCUGUAUUUGUUCUAUCCUCUUACACACUUAUGCCUUCCAGUUUUUACCAACUGUAGAUUGAUCAUUAUAGAGUAGACAAGGAUACUCUUUGACCAAUUAAAUUGGCACCAACUUGUAUUAAAGACCAGCCCGGUGAGUUCAACAUCCUACCUCUUUUCCCCAAAUCUCUAGUGUAUGUCCAAUUUCUUUUUGAAAGCUGACAGCUCACUUUGUCAUCUUCAAAGUUCUGUGAGCAAAUUCCUGUGCAAGUCUUUUGUUUUAAAAUUUGUACCACUUAGCAUUUUCUCUCCUUUUCCCUUAUAAAAUUAUCAGUUCUCACUUUUGUGUGCAGAAUUUCAUUUUUAUUUUUCUACAUCAGAUUUAGAUUUUAAGAUUCUAGUUUACACCUCACUCUAUAUCCAAGUUAUUGACAUAUUUCAGAAUUAGACAUAAUUGAACUUGGGGAAAUUCUUAUAUGACCUAUUCCAAUUUGAAAAGCAGCUAUUUACAAUAACUGCUUUUUAAUCUGCUCUCUAUUUUCCUCCUAAGAUGUUCAAUGUUACUUGCAAGUCCGAUAUUUGUAUCAAAUGCCUUUUGAAAAUCAAUAACAAGAUCAACUCCACUGGCCUCAUCAUUCUCAUCCCAAUAAAGUUAAGUAAAAUCACUCCUACUCAAUCUUCCCCUAAAAGUUGUUGUUAGCUCUGCUUCAUAGCUCCACAAUUGUCUGAGUGAUUUCUUUUCAAUGUUACUUCCUGUACCCUCUCCAUCAGUGAGGAAAAGCUGACUUAGUCUUCAAGAUUUGAAUUGAGUUACAGAUUUAAAAAAAAAAUUACAUGUGAUUCUUUUUCUUUCUAAUCUGCGUAUGAGCUUAUUCUCUGUAACCAAUGUACACUUUGGACAAGCUGACUGUAGAACACAUGCCUGUUUGUAUCCUUGAAAUUGUAAUUCUUUCUCUUGUACUGGAUGGGUACAAUCAGGUUGCAGACACGUUACAUAUCAAAAACUUACUUUGGUACUUGAAAUAUCCCAGGAUACAAAAGUGUAAGAGAUUUCAAAGGUAACAACUUUUGUAUCCAUUCCAAAGUUUUGAUAUUAUUAGUGAACCUUCAGUUACCACACCAUCUGAACUUCUGAAAUCCUUGGUACCAGCACCUUUGUGUAACAU